AUGAAGAUCAGCGGAGUCACCAUGUUUGCUUUGUUCUCAACGGCAGCCAGAGUUGCAGCCUUUUCACCAUCUAGGGUGGCACGAGUUUCUCAGCUGGGUAGCAAUCCUUCAUCCACCUUGGGAUAUUUUGCAAAGGACAUCACUUCUAGAUUCAUGGCCACUGUCGUUCCAGCAGAAACAGAGGAAGCAGAGAUUGUCCAGUUGCCAACGAAUGAAGACGACAACGAACUGCUUCGAAUCCGUCACUCUUCGGCGCACGUUCUGGCCAUGGCGGUGCAACAGAUUUACCCAGAAGCACAAGUCACCAUUGGUCCUUGGAUCGAUAAUGGAUUCUACUAUGAUUUCUUCUUUCCAGAAACUACUGACCCUGAAACCGGAGAAACUAUCGAAGCUAGAAAGUUGACAGAUCAAGAUUUGAAGAGUAUCAAGAAGGCCAUGGACAAGAUUAUUUCAAAGAAUUACCCCAUCACAAGAGAGGAAGUUUCUCGUGAAGAGGCAGAAAAAAGAAUCAAGGCACUUAAUGAGCCUUUCAAAAUGGAAAUUUUGGCCGGUUUGGAAGAACCAAUCACCUUGUACCAUAUUGGAGACGAGUGGUGGGAUCUUUGUGCCGGACCUCACGUGGAGAGCACCGCCAAGAUCCCAAAGAAGGCUGUUGCCCUCCAGAGUGUGGCUGGAGCCUACUGGCGUGGAGAUGAGAACCGUGAAAUGUUGCAGCGUGUUUACGCUACCGCAUGGAAGGAUCCACAACAAUUGAAGCAAUACAAGAAGAUGAUGGAAGAAGCCAAGAAGCGAGACCAUCGUGUUCUUGGAAAGAAGUUAGACCUUUUCUCCAUUCAAGAAGAUGCUGGAGGUGGUCUUGUUUUCUGGCAUCCGAAGGGAUCCAAGGUUCGCUCCAAGAUUGAAGAAUUCUGGAAGGACGCUCACACGGAUGAUGGAUACGAUAUCAUCUACACUCCACACAUUGCGAACCUUGACUUGUGGAAGACCUCUGGUCACUUUGAUUUCUACCGCUCGGAUAUGUUUGAUCAAAUGGACGUUGAGAACGAUCAAUAUCAAAUCAAGCCAAUGAACUGUCCUUUCCACUGUCUGAUGUACAAGGACGAGCUUCGGUCUUACCGUGAUCUUCCAGUUCGAUGGGCUGAACUUGGAACUGUCUACAGAUACGAACGAUCUGGAACUUUGCAUGGACUCAUGAGAGUCCGUGGUUUCACUCAGGAUGACGCACAUAUCUUCUGUCUCCCUGAGCAACUCGAGGAUGAAAUUGUUGGCGUUCUGGAUCUAAUUGAGACCAUCUUGACUCGUUUUGGUUUCGACAAGUAUGACAUUAUGCUUUCCACUCGCCCAGAGAAGUCUGUUGGGGGUGACGAUAUUUGGGAGGCUGCCACGGUCGCCCUUCGAGGAGCCCUUGAAAAGAAGGGAUGGGAAUAUGGCGUUGAUGAAGGGGGCGGUGCCUUCUACGGACCGAAGAUUGAUGUCAAGAUCCGCGAUGCUAUUGGGCGCCAAUGGCAAUGCUCUACAGUCCAAUGCGAUUUCAACCUUCCAGAGCGCUUUGGUUUGGAAUAUGUUGAUGCAGACAACAACCGAGAACGACCAAUCAUGGUGCACAGAGCAAUCUUUGGAUCUAUGGAACGCUUCUUUGGUAUCUUGACUGAGAACUGCGCUGGUGACUUCCCUCUUUGGCUGGCUCCAACUCAAAUGAAGCUUCUCCCUGUCACUGAUGCUGUCCAAGAUUUCUGUCACGAGAUUGCUGCCAAGGCCAAAAAGGCAGGAAUCCGAGUUGAGGUUGACAGAGGAAACGAGCGUCUUGCAAAGCAAAUCCGUAAUGCUGAACAGCAACGGGUACCCAUCAUGGCUGUUGUUGGGAUGAAGGAGAUGGAAGAAGGAAAGCUUGCCAUCCGAAGCCGAAAGCUUGGUGAUUUGGGCUCGUUUGAAGUUGAAGACUUGCUAGACGAAUUGGCAAGCUGCUCCGAGAAGGCUGUCGAAAUGACACGAAUUGGGGAGAAAGAAGAACCCAAGGCAGAAGAGUAA